AUGUUGAUAGGAUUAACUCUAGCUGCCGAUUCAAUCAAAUCAAUAGUGCCAUGCACUCUUUUAUCCGCCUCAAUGGUCCCAUUUGCCACGUGUUCAAUUGCAAUCGGCGGAAUUUCUUGGUUUAUCCCCCAAAAAUUGGCACAAAAACUCGACAAUGCACUUUAUAAAUCCUAUAUGCGAUUAUGCCUGUUUGUUUUUGAAAAUUUGUCGGGAGUUGAGAUUCGGAUACAUGGAGAAAUGAGUAUUUUGGAUGGAAAAUUGGUGGAGAAUUGUGUGAUUUUGUCCAAUCAUCAAUCUAAUGGUGAGGGAUUUGGGGGGGGGGGGUGAAAAUUUUGAAUUUUAAAAAAUAUUUUCAUUUCCGGCUGAAAAAUCUUGAAAUGUUGGGAAUUUUUAUUGAUCUCUGAAAACCUGAAAUGAUUUCCGGGCAGAAAACAAAGUGAUUCUGGGACCAAAAAUCUGAAAAACGCAGUGUUAAAUUUUUUUUUCUUUGGAAAAUAUUUACAUAAAAUUCUUCGGUCCAAAUGUUUCCAAGCAGAAGAUUUUCAACUUCUGAAAAUCCGAAAAAAUUUUAAAAUCUGAAAUUGGUGCAUUUUCAGAUGAUAUACUUUUGAGAGAUUUUCAGUUCAGAAAAAUUGUUUAAAAUCAAAAUUUUUGUCAGAAUCUGGGAAAAUUUCCUGAAACUGAAUUUUCUGAAUUUUUCCUUGAAAAAAAAAUCUUGAAGAGCGUUUUUUCCGAAAACCGGAGAAUUUAAUUUUCCGUGAAAAAAACCUGAAAUUUUCGUGCACAGAUCUUCUUCAAAAAUUCCUAGUCCGAAAAUUCCCAGAUUUUUUGAACUUCUGAAAAUCCGAAAAAAUUUUAAUAUCUGAAAUUGGUACAUUUUUAGGUAGUCUAUUUUUUUUUUUGAAAGGUUUUCAUUUCAGAAAAAUUGUUUCAAAUCAAAGUUUUUUUUCAGAAUCUGGGAAAAUUUCCUGAAACUUUGAAUUUUUCCUUGAAAAAAAUCUUAAAGAGCAUUUUUUCCGGAAACCGGAAAAUUUAAUUUUCCGUGAAAAAACUUGAGAAUUUCCUCUUCUUCAAAAGUUCCUAGCCCAAAAAUUUCCAGAUUUUUUGAACUUCUGAAAAUUCGAAAAAAUUUUAAGAUCUUCUUUUCGUAAAAUCUGAAAUUGGUGCAUUUAAAGAGAUUUUCACUUCAGAAAUUCAGAAAAAUGCUGAAAGUUUCGAUUUUUUAUCAGAAUCUGAAAAAAAUUUCUGAAAUUCUGAAUUUUUCAUUGAAAAAAAAACCUUGAAGAGCAUUUUUUCCGGAAACCGGAAAUAUUUCAUUUUCCGUGAAAAAAAACCUGGAAAUUUUCCUGCACAGAUCUUCUUCAAAAGUUCCUAGCCAGAAAAUUUCCAGAUUUUUUGAACUUCUGAAAAUUCGAAACAAUUUUGAGAUCUUAUCUAAGUUUUUCCUAGAAUCUUAAAUUUUUUGAGAGUUCAGAAAUUCAAGAAAAAUGUUGAAAAUGUUCCCAGAAGCUCCUAAAAUCCCCAAAAUUUCUCAAAAAUCACCCAAUAUUUUUGCAGUUGACUGGAUCAUCCCAGUAAUGUUAGCCGCUCGUCACGGACCUGGUGGAAAUGAGCAAUCAUUUCGUGUAAUGGUCAAAAAAUCGAUUCAUUUCGUGCCGCUUUUCGGUUGGUACAUCUUUCAACACGGCUACAUUUAUGUUCGACGAUUUGGCGAAUUUAUUGGUGAACCGGUUUUGAGACAAUUGAAAUGGUUGAAUGACACAAUUCCACCAUAUUGGUUGCUCAUAUUUCCGGAAGGAACGAGAUUGUCAGCGAAAAAGACGAAGCUGAUUGAAGAAAGUUGCCGAUUUUUGGAGAAAAAUGUGAGAAUUUUGGGCGGUUUAUGAAGGUUACUGUGGAUUUGGUGCUAGAAGUUCAAAUUUUGAAAAAUUCAAAUUUUCCAGAAAAUUUUAACAAGGUUACUGUAGAUUUUGGAUCCAAAUUUGAACCGAAAAACAGACUUUUUCGGUCCCAUUCAGAAUUUUUCUCGAAAAUUUUUGAGUUUUAAUUUUUCGCGCUGAAAAUUGAUUUUUAAAAAUUUAUUUUCGUCGCCAAAAGUUACAGUAACCUAGUUCAAAUUUUUCUCGGGAAUUUGAAAAUGUGAGAAAUUCCGGGUUUGAACCAUUUUUUUUGAGAAAAAUUAUAAAUUGGACCCGAAAAAUCAGAAAAAAGUAAAUUUUUCGAGAAAUUUCCAAAAAAUAGUCUUUGAAUCGGACCCGAUUUUGAAGCCGAAAGUUCAAAUUCAGAAAAAAUUAAUUUUGGCCCUAAAUUUUAACCAGGUUACUGUAGAUUUUAGCGCUGAAAAUUCAAAUUUGAAAAAUUGAAUUUUGAACCGAAAAGGCGGCUCUUUUCGAGUCCCAUUCAGAAUUUUUCUCGAAAAUUUUUGAAUUUUAAUUUUUCGCGCUGAAAAUUGAUUGUUCAAAUCUAUUUUUGGCGCCAAAAGCUACAGUAAUCUAGUUCAAAUUUUCUGGAAAAUUUAAAGUUUUUUUUUUCAAUUUAUUCUGAAUUUGAAAGUAUGGCCCUAAAAUCUACAGUAACCUGGUUCAAAUGUGGCGCUAAAAUUCAAUUUUUCAAAAAAAAAUUUUAAAUUUGAAGAUUUCAAAUGAAUUUCUUUCCGGGAAAAUUUGAUUUUUUUUCAAAAGUUUGAAAUUCAUGUUUUGGCCCCAAAUGUUCAAAGAAUUUCCGAAAUUUCAUUUUCAAAAAUUUAAAUUUUUGAACAAGAUUACUGUACUUUUUGGCGCCAAAGUUUCAUUUAAAAUUGAUCCCUAGAAUCAAAAAAAGACUAAUAAUAAAAGAAUAAAUACAAACAACCAUCUGUCCAAAAGAAUAAUAAUUAAAUCGGAUUGUUUUGUAGGGAAGACCAGAAAUGCGGAAUGUAUUAUGUCCGCGUAGUGGAGGAUUACAAUUGGCACUUGACAAUUUGCAGACACUUGAUGCGAUUUAUGAUUUGACAGUUAUGUAUGGACAAACUAGGUAUGCGUUUUUCAUUUUUUGAAAAAUAAUUAGAAUUGAAGGUGGAGUCUGGCAUAAAAAUCGGUUUAUUUUGAUCAGUUUCAAUUCAAAAGUUCUCCUGGUUGAAAAAAACAACCAUUGACAAAUUUUCGGAAUUGACUGAGGAAGCCAUUUUACACGGUGUUUCACUGUUUUUUUUAACUUUGGAAUUUUUUUGAGAAGCUUCCAGACAAAAAUCCUUCGAGAAAAUGAAAAAAUAUUUUUAGGCAACCAAAUCGCCGAGCAAUUGCACCUGGAAUGCUCGAAUUUUGUUGUGGACCUUCGGAGUUCAAAACUUUGGAUAUUAAAAUUGAACGAUUUGGUGUGAAUGAGGUAUUCUUGAAGAAAAUUAUUCAAAUUCGAAAUUUUUGGCGCGAAAAAUUUUCCUGUAAAUAUUUCUUUUUGCAAGAGCUGAUAAAUAUUCCGUUGUCAAAAAUGUUCUUAUGACGUGGCAAAAUAAUUUUUGAAUCUAGUUUUCAGCUUCUAAAAACCCGAUUUUUUGCAAUUUAUGAACUUUGCCACGUCAUAACUCAUGUUAGGAGUUGAGUUCUGCAAUUUUAGACAACGGUAUUUUGAUCAGCGGGUCGAAAACUACUAGAAAAUAUAAAUUUUCUUACAAAUCUCAAGUGAAAGUUGGCACAGUACUCUUGUUGGUCUCGACACGAUUUUUUUAAAAUUUAAAUUUCUGAUUGAAAAAUUCGAAAUUGAACAUUUUUCGACGAAAUUUGAAAUUUUUUAAUAAAAAUCAUAUUCGACUGUUCGAACAAGUUUCAAUAGUAAUUGAAUUCUAAAAUUUUUGCAGAUCCCCAAAGAAAAAACAAAAUUACGAGAAUGGACAAUUGAUCGAUUUGCGGAGAAGGAAAAGUAAGUUAUUCGAGCAUUUUCUAGAGCAUUUUUGAGGUUUCUGGAGCAUUUUUAAGGGUACUAGAGCAUUUUUCAGAUUUUAGAACUUUUUUGAAGUUUCUAGUGCAUUUUUAAGGUUUCUAGAACAUUUUUUUCUAUUUCGAGAGCAUUUUUAAGAGCAUUUUUAAGGUUUCUGGAGCAUUUUUCAGGUUUCUAGAACAUUUUUUAAGGUUUCUAGAGCAUUUUUCGAAAAUUCUGACUGUUCCCAAUUCCAGUUCCCUCUCCAAUUUUGCUCUUUCCAGAGUUCUGAACGAUUUCUACACCUCAACUUCUUCACCACCUGGUUUGAUUCUUCCAACAAUUCCAAUCUCAACCACCCUUCCAUCAACAAUUUUCUUCGUCUCCGCCUUAAUUCUGCCGAUUUUCUCGGAAAAAGUGAGAAGAACGUAUAUUUGGACAAUUGCCAGUUCGCCACUUUUGAUCAUUUGGUUGCAUUUGAGAAAAUGUGUCUGAUUUAUUGAUUUAACUUAGCUUAACUUGAUCUAGGAAUUAAUGUUUCGUGUAGAUAUUUAAUUUAUACUAAUUUGUGCCUUAUAAUUUCUUCGUUGAUUUUUUUAUUUGUUUUAUGAAAAUGAAUUUUGUUUUGUUUUUGAAUGGUUUUUUAAAAACGUGGAAAAAUUUACGGUAUUUUCUUUGGGAAAAUAGUUUUUUGAAAUAUUCAAUAGAAAAUCGAGAUUUUUUCAGAAAUUGUCAAUUUUUAUCUGAAUAAGACUUGUUUUAAUUCUGAAAAAUCUCGGAAAUUUUGGAACAAUUAUUUGAUUUUCCCAAUUUUCAAACCUUGAAAUCGAAUCUUCCAAAAACAAUUUUUCAAAAAUCUCUAAAAAAAUGUUUUGCCACAUUUUCGUUAUUUUUGUACAAUUUUUGUUAAAUAAUUUCAUAUUUAUCAUCAUUUUCAGGCUGUUUUUUGUUGUUUUGUAGGCAUUUCUCAUAAAUAUAAAAUUGUACCCAUUUAACAUAUCAGAUGUGUUUUGUCCGAGUUUUGACAAAAUCUGAAUUUUCUUCGAGUUUUAUGGUCGAUCUUGGGGACCACAUGACCCAAGGUUGAAUUGAAUAGUAUUUAAAGAGAUGCGCACAGCUGUCGUCUGUCUGUCUGCGUCUCUCAGGACGAAAAAUUGCUAAAUAGUUUGAGCCAGCAAAUCAAAACCUCCACCAUUUGGUGGACUUGUUUUUGUAAUGGAUAUUUCCCGACAAAAUCCUCCACAAAAUGUUGUUUCAGUAACUCAACAUAAUACUGUAGAGACCAAUUUAUUUAUUUUGCUAUUAAUUCUUGCUUGGUUUAUCACUUUUACAUUUCGACGACAAAUUCGAAAUCCAAUGGUUCAUUGUGCAACUAUUAUUGGGAUUGUCAUUGCAGUUUGCACGUGGGUUUUUUCGAAGAUUUAGAAAAUCAAAAUCAGGAGGUUACGAACAUCUGGAAGGCAAAAAUCCAAAUUUCUUUCCAGAAAUCCUCGACAUGUUCAUGAAAUAAAUGAUUUUACUGGUGAAUUUAUCAAGGGUAUGCUACCACUGAUGAUUUUAUUUUUGAUGAUCGAACUUCAACGAGCUUCUCGUAGACCAAUUCUUCCUGCAACUUCAAUGCAACAGGGAACAAAUAAUUAA